CUCACAGCUUGAUCCUGCACCACAACUUCAUCCGGGAUCUCUUAAGGGAUCCGGAUUGUAGUCUUGAAAGUAUAAAAAAAUAUAUAUACAUAUUUAUUGGGGAUCAUUUUGCGAUUGGAACUAGCCUGAUCCGAAAUGGAUUUUUACCCGAAUUUUGACAUGCAAAUUUGGGUAAGGCCGAAGAUGUUCUAUGGCUCUUCCCUCCUGUGAGGUGUCGGGGUUCUUGUUUUCUCUGCACUCCAUCGGAGCAUACAGCAGACACAGCGAGCUCCUUUUACCCCCACCGUCAAUGGCAUUACUUCAUCACACAUGCUCCGUUCCUCUCGCACGUGCGAUACGGUCUCGUGCCCUAACAAUCUCCUCGCGUGCUGCCGUCACCUUACCCUCCGUCAAGAAACUCCCGCACGCUGACUCGCACGUGCUCCUCGGCAUGUCGGAGCUAGAGCUUCAACAACUCGCCGCCGACUUAGGUCAGGAAAAAUAUAGAGGGAAACAACUUCAUCAUCUUCUAUACAAGAGGAAGGUCAAAGACAUUGAGGAUUUCAGCAAUUUACCACAGGCAUUCAGGAGUAACCUUCGGGAUGCCGGGUGGAGGGUUGGGCGGUCACCGGUUCAUCAAGCCCUCACUGCGGCUGAUGGCACUGUUAAGUUAUUAUUAAAGUUAGAGGACAACAGACUAGUUGAAACAGUUGGUAUACCAGUUAAAGAUGAUAAAGGCUCUUCUCGCCUUACUGCAUGUGUCUCAUCACAGGUAGGCUGUCCCUUGCGCUGCUCAUUCUGUGCUACUGGCAAGGGGGGAUUCUCAAGGAACCUUCAGAGACAUGAAAUUAUAGAGCAGGUUUUGGCAAUAGAGGAGCUCUUCCAGCAAAGGGUUACAAAUGUGGUCUUCAUGGGAAUGGGUGAGCCUAUGCUGAACCUCAAAGCAGUUCUUGAAGCGCAUCAAUGCUUGAAUAAGGACGUGCAAAUUGGGCAACGAAUGAUGACAAUUUCGACUGUUGGGGUUCCCAACACAAUUAAAAAGUUGGCUUCUAACAAACUUCAGUCCACCUUGGCUGUCAGCUUACAUGCUCCAAACCAGAAACUUAGGGAAACAAUUGUGCCAAGUGCGAAAUCCUACCCUCUGCAUGCAAUUAUGAAAGAUUGCACAGAUUACUUCCAAGAGACCAGUCGACGGGUAACUUUUGAGUAUACACUUCUAGCUGGAGUCAAUGAUACAGUCGAGCAUGCGAUAGAACUUGCAGAGCUACUACAUGAGUGGGGACGUGGUUAUCAUGUGAACCUGAUACCUUUCAAUCCAAUUGAAGGUUCCGAAUACCGGCGUCCCUAUAGAAAAGCUGUGGCCGCAUUUGAAGCUGCUCUAGAAUCGCGUAAAAUAACUGCCAGUGUACGCCAAACACGAGGCCUGGAUGCAAGUGCUGCUUGUGGACAGCUAAGAAAUGAGUUCCAAAAGAGUCCCUUGGUUGCAGACAACUCUGACAGCUCGCAAUCUCAACCAGAUAUGCCACUUCUGUGUUGAUCUCUAAAAGUUCCGGAAUAUGCCUCUUCUGGUUUGAGAUCCAUCCUCCUGACAGUUUUAGAAGAAAUCGGUUGGCAUUUUUCACAUCCCCAUGAAGUGAUACGACCUGUGGGAUGCAGCAGGUUUGAAAGUGCAAUGAGAUGUUAGAGGAGAAAUAGAGUACAUUCACAUCCGAAAGUGCAUUUGAUGAAGUAAGAUGCCGCAUUUAUAAUCCAAUUAGGGUUGGGAACAGGAAUGCCACCUUUGUAAAAUGCUAGUUCAACCGGUGUUUCUUUACAUUUUGAUUCAUGUAGUCUAAGUUAUACAUCUGAAAUCUGGGCUAGAAUUUAUGUCAUGCUGAAUCAUGGUGUGGAAAUUCAAUUAAUUGAAUAUUUUUAUUGGAUA